UCAGGUUGGGGGACGUGGUUUGACGUUGGUCUAGGGGCUUGUGGAUGGUACAAUGUCCCGGCGGACGCUAUGGUGGCCGCUUCAGCGGAUAUAUGGAACAUGUGGCCAGGAGCUACCGAUAACCCAAAUGAUAACCCGAUCUGCGGAAAACAUCUUGAGAUUACACAUGGCGGGAAAUCUCUCGUGGUAGAGGUAACCGACCAAUGUCCUUCUUGCGACCUUCGUUCGCUCGACUUGUCCCGUGGAGUCUUUGAGCACUUUGCGUCGCUUGACGUUGGACUUUUCUCAGAUGGGUAUACUGGGAACAUCACUUGGAGUUGGGUGGAGGGGAGUGGGUCAUUACCACAAUUACCUGUUUCUUAA